AUGGACAGCCCUGACAGCCCUACCAGCCAGGGAGAUCGCGAAGACCCAGGUGUCUUCCACGCGCGUAGAGGCGCCCACGUCAAGGCUCGCCGCUUGGCACUUGAGGUUGGAGCUCCAGCCCUGCCCUUCGGCUUCGCACCCCAGGAGCUACGAACCUACCGGGGAAGGAACAGAUUCCGAGCCCCUAACCCUAACUCUGUCCGCAUCCAACUGCCCGCCAGGCGUAAAGUUGUCUGGCCCGACUCAACGCCGUCACCGCAGCCCGCUCCCGAGUCGCUCCCGAUUCGAAAGCGACGCUUCUCGCAACAGCAACGCGAUGAAUGUGCUGCCGACUCGGAUGGCCACACUUCAUCUAUCCCCUUGUACCGGGAGAACCCCGACUUCGACAUCGACCUGAUUACCCAGAACAGCCCCGGGGCCUUUCCUUCUGACGUCCAAGAGACCACUCGCACAGGAACCCCUUUAUUCGCAUCUUCAUCCGUGCUCAAUCGCUGCACUCAGUCCCAGCUUGAGACACCAACACCAAUCCGUCACACUCACCUCCCUGACGUGACACCUCUGUCUUCCCGCCUUGGGGGCUUUCAGUCUACAACUAUCAGCCCUUACGCUCACCAGCAGUAUCAAUCUGCUGACCUGAACCCCUUUACUCGACGGCCAACCGAACCCUCAACACUCACCCCUUUUGGGUACCAACAUCCGCCCUCAUCAACGCCUCUUCAUCCACCGAGUCUUCACCCUAUGGGUCCUCAAACUCUGCAACCUGCUCCACAGCCCCCCAAAGCGACAACGAGCACAUUGGGCAUGCAGCUAUCCGCCAUCUGCUUCAAUACCGCAGCAUCCAUCAAAACCGGCAUUCAAUUCGGGAUCACCAACCUAUUUUCCCGCCUGCCGGGAGUAUCGUCGCGCACCGCGGUCCCGCUUACCAGUGCUGGCACCGACAUCGCUUCACAGGAGGACGAAGGUCAAGCUGCUAAGCGUCGACGUCUUGGGGAUUCUGAACCCGAGCAACAAGCACUGCAGGAUGACAUCAAGCUAGACGAAACCAGGCAAGACGAUUGGACGCUUAGUUAUCGGCCAUCGAACGGUGUUAUCAGCCCUCCGGCUAACAUCACAGCCACCGCUGGACCUCCGCAACUCGACUUUGACCCCAUGGACAUUGAUGAUCCCGAGGACUAUCAAGCUGCAGAUCUGCCUCAAGCCGGGGUAGACUCGGACAGAGUCAUCAUGACCGAGGACACAGAACCUGAUUUAGGUGGGGUCAUGGCUGCUGUCGAGGCAGAUGUCGAAUCACAAUUUGCAGACUCUGAGUCUGAAGACCAGAUCACAGACGAAGAUCUGGAAGCUGAAGCCGGUCAGAUCAUAUCACCUUCCAACCAUGUCGAACUUCAGAAGCGCAAGGAGAUACCUGAUGCGCUGUCAGAUACUCCGUCGCAGUCCUCUGCAAAGAGUCUUUCUGACGCUUCCGAGGAAUUCCAGACGCAGCUGGCCAUCGAUGAGCAGUUGGUUUCCGAAGAAUUCCAAGCGGAAACAUCUGGUGGUGAGUCAUUUCUGGAGGAUUCCCAGUCGCUGGCCAAGGAUCAUGACGGUUCAGAGGAAUCGGCCUCACGACGACAAUCCUUGGAGCAUUCAGACUCAGGCUCGCACCUUUCAGAAGUGUCGCAGGAUUCACGAACUUCCAGAGUCUCCAGAGUCUCAUCACGUUCAGGACUCUCGAGACCAAGCUCCUCUGAUUUACGUGAAAAGACUCUCGAGAAAGGGACGGCAGCCAUGCAUGAAUUGGGGCUGCAUGACCUUCAGCCGAGCCCCGGGUGCAGACCGCGUCAGAAUCUGCCUCCCCCCUUACCUAUAUCUCCGAAAAGGACCUAUACUGAGCUUUUCAACAAAUACUUCGAGUAUGACCGCGAGCGACGACCUCCGACCAUGGCGGAGUUACGAGGGUGGGCCAGAGUUAAGGACAAGGACCCUCGCUUGAAGAGUCGCAUGGACUGGUUUGACUUGGAGGACGAAUUCUCGCUGCCUGGGCUUGAGUACCUGAAGCUUGAUCCCAACCCUGACAAGGUCGACGAGCUUGAAAAGGAAUACUUGGCUCGCAGUCGUGCUAAGGACGAGGCACUGCAAGCACAGAUUCUAGCCGAGUAUACUAGGGCAGAAAGCGCCCGCCUUGCCGCCGAGCAAGCUCAGCUUGCAGCGCUCGGCUUGCGCAAGUCCAGGACGCCCUGGAUCACUUCACUGAGCCGCGAUUGGGAGCGAAAAGUUGACGCGUUAGCGGAUCCUGGCACACGGCCUGUGAAGUCGGGCGGUCCUGAGGUCAUCGACGUCAGCCGUGGUGAUUUUAAGAUACUCAUGAAACACGGAGAAUGGCUCAAUGACAACUCUAUCACCGCAGCUAUGCAACAUGGGGCUGCUUAUAUCAACAAGGCGGCAGGCAUCACCCUCAAGAAGGGGGCUCCCAAAUGUGUGGCAUUUAAUACAUUCUUCUUCACCGACCUUGCCGAAAAGAAAAAACAAACCAACAAGGUCCAGGCAUACCCGCGAACGACCAAGCGUGUCUGGGGCCUGAGUCCAGAGAACUUCCUCGAGGUUGAGUCGAUACUGAUCCCUGUCAAUGCGCAUCACCAUUGGACAUUUGCCAUGAUUAGACCUCAGCGUCGGGAGAUUGCAUAUGUGGACUCGUUUCACAAUCCUCAUGACGACCGGCUCGAGCUGCUACACGAAUGGAUGGCAGACUUUCUCGGUAAAAAUUACCAUCGUGAAGAGUGGAAGCGUGUCUCUUUCACGGUCACCACACAAACAAAUGGCUAUGACUGCGGAGUGUGGACCAUCACCAACUCAAUACUCCUGGCCAUGGGCAUCGACCCAAGCGAUUGCACAGAAAGUCAAAUGCGCAUGCAGCGACGACGCAUCGCCGGGGCCAUCCUGAAUGGUGGAUUCCACGGCUCAUUUGAUCUUUCCGAUUUGUGA